GCAGACUCCGCGAUUCAGCAAUCCUCAUUUACUUGCUCAAUCACUCGAACAUACCACCCGUGCAGCGUUGUCAGAGGACAUAGAAACUGACGAACUCGAUGCUGAAGAUGUCUCUGAUCGAGUUUCCACGCUCGAUGCCCUGAUAGGCGCCUCACUUGAGGUUGAAGGUCUAUCUCGAAAGCGACGCAAACUCAGCGAGAAUGAAGAAUCUCAGCAGCCUGCUGACAUUCCCUUUCGCUUGUUAUCCGGAGUACAAUCUCCGAAGAUCGUGCGUUUGGACCCGCAACCUCCACCUGCUGCUCCGAAAGCACUUGAAAGGUCUUAUCAGGACUCAGUCUCGGAGGCGAAAGAGCGCAAACGACGCGCCCGCGCAUCCGCGAUAGAGAUACAGAAUGUCACGCGCGAGCCAACGGUUCCGUCUGCGGCGUCUGCGAAUGCUAUAUAUCAGCCAGAUAUUCCUACUGGGAUCGCUCGAUGGCCAGAGCUUCUCCUCGUUGAGGUCGAUCACGUUCCUUCACGGUCUCGCAAGCGAAAGCCGCUCAAGAACCCGGACAAUUACGUGCAACCUGCCCCUCACACUCCUCGCCAUAAAGCAUCGGUUGCUCCUCUUAUUCCCCUUCGACAGUUAGCAAAUUCCACCACCGCUUACACGACCUCAGCCAAACGCAGGUAUCGCCGCCGCCUUCUCUGCACCGGCAGUCAGUCACGAACAGAGCGCCAGCCGACCUUCUGGAGGCCGGAAUCGGUUUGGAGAGGCAAAAGUGCCGGUUACGCUUGGGGCUAUCCAGGAAGUCAACCUUUGGCAUUAGAUGAUCCUUUGCGAGCACGAUAUGAACGCGAUAAUAUGCGAAGAGGGGUUUGGGCCACCUAGUUUUGCACGUAAUUGCCGUCUUGGGCCCUUGUGUAUUACGUAAUACAACAAAUUCAUCGAAUUCAUGCCAGCGCAACGGCUUGAACGCGCCGGAAGAUUCUUGUUCGCUAAACGUCAUGGCUGAUACGCAGACCUCGCCAUAUGUCGCAGCAACAAU